GCUUCUCCCUCGAGGCCGGGUGGGGAGCCCGGAGGCGAGGGAGGGGCUGCUCGCCGCGUCCCCCACUCGGGGCCAGAACGAAACAAACAAGCAGCGUCCGAUUUGCUGGAGCCUUCAUGGGCCUGGACACUUUGGGAAGAGAGUGGUGGGCGGUGGGCGCCGCCGUGCCCUCCAGACGGUCCCGAGUUCCGUAUUUACACUCCCUGCAUGGCCUUGUGUUUCUGUUUUGUUUCCCUCCCCCUGCAGGGGCUGUCUGCGGGGUGGGGUGGGGGGUUCGCUAUGUCGGAUGACGAUUCGAGGGCCAGCACCAGCUCCUCCUCAUCUUCGUCCUCCAACCAGCAAACCGAGAAAGAAACAAACACCCCCAAGAAGAAGGAGAGUAAAGUCAGCAUGAGCAAAAACUCCAAGCUCCUCUCCACCAGCGCCAAGAGGAUUCAAAAGGAGCUGGCAGACAUCACUCUAGACCCUCCACCUAACUGCAGUGCUGGUCCCAAAGGUGACAACAUCUAUGAGUGGAGAUCUACCAUUCUAGGGCCUCCAGGAUCUGUGUAUGAAGGUGGUGUAUUCUUCCUGGAUAUCACUUUUACUCCAGAAUAUCCCUUCAAACCUCCAAAGGUUACAUUUCGAACAAGAAUCUACCACUGUAAUAUAAACAGUCAAGGAGUUAUUUGCUUGGAUAUAUUGAAAGAUAAUUGGAGUCCAGCACUAACUAUUUCUAAAGUCCUCCUUUCUAUCUGCUCACUUCUUACAGACUGUAAUCCCGCUGACCCUUUGGUGGGAAGUAUUGCCACUCAGUAUAUGACCAACAGAGCAGAACAUGACAGAAUGGCCAGACAGUGGACCAAGAGAUACGCUACAUAAACUGGGUUUUCACAAUUCUUGCGUUGUCUGUCACAGAAGAGAGCUGCUUAUGAUUUUGAAGGGGUGGGGGAGGGUGGGAGUUGGUAAAGAGUAGGGUAUUUCUAUAACAGAUAAUAUUCAGUCUUAUUUCCUAAGAUUUUGUUGUAACUUAAGGUAUCUUGCUACAGUAGACAAAAUUGGUAAUAGCAACUUUUAAAACUCAUUAGUUCUACAGUAUUGGCUGAAAUAUAGUACAGAAAAGAAUGUACAUUUAGACAUUUGGAUUCAAUUGCUUGUAGUAUGUAAUUUUUGAAUUUUUGAACAGCUUAAUUUUGUACAGGUUAUACACGUGGCCAUUUAUGUAAAGUCAUUGUAGGAUGGCAUACUUUGUUUAAAAAAUUGGAAUUUGUUUUUCCUUUCUUGGAAGGGAACAUUGAUA